UCAACUAGAAGUUCACUGGUAACGUUUUUUUGCCCCGGAGUGAGUGCCUGACGUACUAGCCACUGCUUCUGUACAUAAUAACAGUCUCUCGCACGGCUGUCCCACUCGCAAAGGAAGCAAUGAUAUUUCGUAUUUCUUACUUGCAUUCCAAGAAAAAGGGCCGACUGGGCCAGUAUAUUGGCUUACCAGGAGAUAUUAUGUCCAGCUUAUUUUGCUUAUUCAUAAUAAUGUGGAACAGUGAGCCCCAGUUCAUGUGUUUUGCGUUGUAAUCUCCACUUGCUAGAAAUCUUUGACCUAGUGUUCCAAAAAAGUCUUUAAACUCGCUAUCUAUAAUUUUAAAACGAGGUGGACAGUAUGUAGAUAGAUAGAUAGGUAAAUAAAUGAGGAUUGCACCGCGACCUAGGGUCUAUUGUGCCCUCUUCUGACUCACAGCGUCUCAGCUAGCCCCAGCAAAUUGAUGAAUUCUAAUAUACUGCUAGGCGCUAUUGAGGCGAUGUGAUCCCUAUUUAGAAACAUGGAUCCAAGGGCCUUAGUCCUGCGCCUACAGAUUGCUGUGCAAUCCAUUAGCAGGUGUUCUGGAGUUUCGGGUUCCAAAUCGCAGAACCGGUAAUUUGCACAAGAAGCUAGGCCCAUGUUGAAUAAGUGCUUCUUGAGUUUGCAAUGCCCGGUGUAGAAGGCGAUCAGUAGCCUGACUUUAUCUCUUGGGAGAUUGAUUAUGAAUUUAAACCUUUUGAGGUUAUAACCAUUCAUCAGCAACUUUGCGUGCCGUAAGCCUGGAAGGUGUUGCCAAUGAAUCUCCCUACCCACUGCUUCAUCAUUGCGGAACUGUUCCUAUUUGGUGUGGGGACCCACCGCUAUGAAAGGUUCUGGUCCUACCAUGCUGGUGGAUGCUGCACAGCGGGCAAGCUCUUCGGCCAGUUCAAUACCGGCGAAGCCUCUGUGACCUGGCACCCAAAUAAGGUGCACCUGGUUGCAUUCUGCAAGACUGUUGAGCCGGUUUAUACACUCCUGCACCAAUAGCGAUUUUAACUCGUAUGACGAGGUCGCCUUGAGUGACGCUUGGCUAUCGCUUAGUAUAGCUAUACGUUCGUUGCGAUAGCCGCGUUGGAGGUUUAACUCUACGCACCGACUUAUAGCAAAUACCUCCGCUUGGAAUAUACUCGGAAACUUACCCAUAGGUAUGGAGAGUUUUGUGCGUGGUCCUGCGACCCCUGCGCCAAUUCCCUCCGACGUUUUCGCCCCGUCGGUGUACCACCUGAUCGAGCUAUCCCUGAGUAGCAGCUCGAGAGCGGAGUCGCUCCAUUCGGCCUUGCUGCCGGUGGACAGUAUCAGGCAGGUUCUGGAAUCCGAGUGAAAGUGAAUAUGAAAAUAAACCUAAAUCCGAGUGAAUUUGGAUUUGGUGUUCUGAAAUCCGAACUUUUUGUUCAUUUUAGAACUCGUUUUUCAUUCACCGCAAAAAUGAACUUAACAGCUGACAGCUGUCAAUUUACCCAAAAUAAAUAACAAAUUUUUGAAGAAAAAUCGCAAAAUGAGUGCUUUAACUGCGUUUGCCACUAUUUAUACGGAAAUGGCGGAUCAUGCAGAAGCAGCUCUUAAUAGAAGGAUACUGCGAGACCAUUCAAAUCCAUUUGAUGUGACUGAGUUGGCCUUUGUAUCCAACUACAGGGUCAACAAAGACGCUUUCCUUAUGCUGCUAAACGUUGUGGACAAUUACAUAAAGCACACGUCUAUUCCAGUGCAAUUACACCUCGCGGCAACAUUAGGAUUCCUAGCAGAAGGUGGUUUCCAAAAGGCUGUUGGCAAGGAUAGUUGCAUUUCUAUGGGGCGCAGCAGGGUAGCAAAAGUUACAGCAAGGGUAUUGAAAAUUUUGGAAAGGUACUUAUGCCCGCAGUGGAUUCAAUUAAGUAUGACCGAAAGUGAGCUGACUAAAUCGAAACAGCAUUUUCAACGAAGUUUUGGUAUACCUGGAGUAAUUGGUUGUGUAGACGGAACGCAUAUACAAUUAUGUAAGCCGCAUACAGAUCAAAGCCUUUUUUACAAUCGGAAAUUAUACUUUAGCAUUAACGCAAUGAUUAUAUGCGACCAUAAUAUGGUUAUAAAGGCAGUUGAUGCUUGUCGCCCUGGAUCAAGUCAUGACCUUUUAAUAUGGAGUAUGAGUAGAGCUCAUGACUAUUACCAACGGUGCUACGAUAACGGAGAACGUGGAUCAUGGCUUCUAGGCGAUGCUGGAUAUGCACUUCAGCCUUUUUUGCUAACGCCUUUUAGAAAUCCACUUGUUGGCACAGCGCAGCAUACGUUUAACCAAAAGCAUUCUUCGGCACGCAAUGUCGUUGAGAGAACAAUAGGGGUGCUAAAAAGCAGGUUUAGAUGCUUAGCACGCCUUCUUCAAUACCAACCAAAAAAGGUGGUACAAAUAACAAAUGUUUGCUGCGCGUUACAUAAUGUUUGCAAACACUACAAAGUACAGGAGUUAUUUUCUGUUGACACUGAAGUCGAGAGAAUGGAACCCGCAGUUGCUGAGGGAGUAUUAAAUGAUGCCACACUGGAUACUGAAGCCAUAACAUUAAGAGAGAAUAUAGCCACUCAUCUUCAUACAAUUUCCUGAAAGUUCAAAGCACCGAAGUAAAUAAAGCAAACUCAAAUUUAAAGUCA